GUACCUUUUAACAAUCUCUUGCAAUAUACCUCCUUUUUUUGAGUUGGUAAUGGAAUAUCAUUUAGAAGCUAUUUUAGGGGUUUUAGCCUUUGUAUUCUUGGCCAUAAUCUUAUGGAGAAGAUCAAACACACUCACUACCAAAAUUUUAGCCCCUCAAGUCCCCGGAGCAUGGCCUAUUAUAGGCCAUCUCCGUCAACUAAGUGAUAUUGAUAAAAAUGUCCCAUUUGCUCAUACAUUGGCCGCGUUAGCCGAUAAAUAUGGACCUAUUUUCACAUUGAGAAUGGGGAUGUAUCCUUACUUGAUAAUCAAUAAUUGGGAAGGAGCUAAGGAUUGUCUCACUACUCAUGAUAAAGAUUUCGCGGCUCGACCAACCUCCAUGGCUGGCCAAAGCAUUGGUUACAAGUACGCAAGGUUCACUUAUUCUAAUUUUGGUCCUUAUUAUAAUCAUGUGCGCAAGCUAGCCUUGACACAAGUACUCUCGAGUACUAAAUUGGAAAAGAUGAUGCACAUCCGUGUUGUUGAAUUGGAAAAUAGCAUCAAAGACUUGCAUUCUUUGACACAAGUAACAAAUAAGAAUAAUGAAGUGAUCAAUAUAACUCAAUGGUUUCAUCAAUUGACUUUAAACACAAUUGUGAAGACCAUAUGUGGGAAAAGAUACAACAAUAUAGAGGAGGAUGAGGAGGCAAAACGUUUUAGGGAGGCUUUUAAGGGGAUCAUGUAUGUUGUAGGACAAAUUGUUUUGUAUGAUGUAGUGCCAUUUCCAUUAUUCAAAUAUUUUGAUUUUCAAGGGCAUAUAAAAUUGAUGAAAAAUAUCUAUAAGGAUUUGGAUUCUAUUCUUCAAGGUUGGUUGGAGGAUCAUAUGAAGAAAAAGGAUGUGAACAAUGAUGAUGAAGAUGCCAUAGAUGCUAUGCUUAGGGCCACAGAUAUUGAUGAAUUCAAAGCCUAUGGGUAUUCUCAGGCCACUGUCAUCAAGUCAACUGUCUUGAGUUUGAUCUUGGAUGGCUCAGACACAACAGCUGUUCAUAUGAUAUGGAUAAUGUCCUUAUUACUGAAUAAUCCACAUGCUAUGAAACAAGCCCAAGAAGAGAUAGAUGCAAAAGUGGGUAAAGCGCGAUGGGUUGAAGAAAGUGACGUAAAAAAUUUAGUGUACCUUCAGGCUAUCGUUAAAGAAACAUUACGUUUGUAUCCACCUGUUCCUUUAUUAUUGCCACACGAAGCAGUGCAAGAUUGUAAAGUGGCUGGUUACGACAUUCCAAAGGGUACUCGUUUAUAUAUCAAUGCCUGGAAAAUACAUCGCGAUCCUAAAAUUUGUUCAGAACCUGAAAAAUUCAUGCCUGAGAGAUUUUUGACAAGCAAAGCAAGUGUAGAUGCUCGUGGUCAGCAUUUUGAAUUCAUUCCAUUUGGAUCUGGUAGACGAUCGUGUCCAGGGAUAAAUUUUGCAACCUUAGUAACACAUUUGACAUUUGCUCGGCUGCUUCAAGGUUUUGAUUUUAGUAAAUCAUUGAAUAUGCCAAUAGAUAUGACAGAAGGCGUAGGCAUUACCUUGCCUAAGGUAAAUGAAGUGGAAGUUCUAGUUACGCCUCGUUUAUCUUCUAAUUUUUAUGUAUUUUAA